UUUGGUUCCCCAGCAACACAUAAAUAAAACGAGACCACCGCUGCCAUAUUUCUUAUCCUAGCUAUUCUGGAAAAAGACGCGGGGAAUUAUUGGAACACCCAGUAAAUCCGAUUUUUAUUGAGCGAAAACAUCUUAGUUUCUCUUAGCGGAACGGUUUAUGUCCCAGCACACGGAACCGGUAAAGUUGGGGGCGGAAACCAAAUUUAUAAACAAAAGUAUUGCUUUUUUUUUGGAGGGAGUACAGAACGCGCACGCUGACUGCUUGCUGAGCCCAAGAAGAUGUUUAAAAACACAUUCCAGAGCGGCUUUUUGUCCAUUUUGUACAGCAUCGGCAGCAAACCACUUCAAAUAUGGGACAAAAAGGUGAGGAAUGGUCACAUAAAGAGAGUCCCGGACAAUGACAUACAUUCAAAUGUGCUGGAGAUUGAGGGGGCAAACGUCAGCACCACUUACAUAACGUGUCCUGCGGACCCUAAAAAGACGCUGGGGAUCAAGCUUCCCUUUUUGGUGAUGAUCAUUAAGAACCUCAAGAAGUAUUUCACAUUUGAAGUCCAGGUGCUGGACGAUAAAAACGUUCGCCGGCGCUUUCGAGCAAGUAAUUACCAGAGCACGACGAGAGUGAAGCCCUUCAUCUGCACCAUGCCCAUGAGGCUCGACGACGGCUGGAACCAGAUUCAGUUCAACCUGUCGGACUUCACCAGGAGGGCCUAUGGAACAAAUUACACAGAGACGCUGCGUGUACAGAUUCAUGCUAACUGUCGGAUACGGAGGGUGUAUUUCUCCGACAGGUUAUACUCUGAGGAUGAGCUCCCAGCAGAGUUUAAACUCUACCUGCCUGUCCAGAACCAGAAGGCCAAACAGUAGAGUUUCUUGGCCUGCGCAGUUCCCCCCAAUGUCACAAAUUUAACUCCAAAUCACAACAUAUGAGAUUAAAACAGUGGUAACAUUUAUGGAGCUAAGAUUUUUAGUUACUCUUACCAUGUUAAUUUACAAUAUUCAUAGCGAUCAUUUUGUUUGUUUUUUUUAUAUUUGUUUCUUCAUAAAACAAAUAUCUAUAAAAAUAAUGGAUGCUGAGAUAAAAGCCUUUAAGUGAACAUUAUCCUGCUUUUGCUUGUUUGUUUUAGGUGGGCUUUUUCUUCUUGACGUGUUUCAUUUCUUCAGCGAUUAUUCUGUUUUCUUCAGAUGUAUUUAUUACCUGUGUUGUUUGUUACAAGGUUGUAAUAAAGUUUUUUGGGAAAAAAUA